AUGGUAAAUAAAAGGAUCUCCCUGCCCCCCGGGAACCUGCCGCAUCCUCGGUGCAUCCUCUCUCUACCCCCGGAGCCAGCCGGAGCCAGCCGGAGCCGGCCGGGGCCAGUCGGGGCCAGCCGGAGCCAGUCGGGGCCAGCCGGAGCCAGUCGGGGCCAGCCGGAGCCAGUCGGGGCCAGCCGGAGCCAGCUGGAGCCAGCCGGAGCCAGCCGGAGCCAGCCGGGCCAUCCGGGGCCAGCCGGAGCCAGCCGGAGCCAGCCGGAGCCAGUCGGGGCCAGCCGGAGCCAGCCGGAGCCAGCCGGGGCCAGCCGGGGCCAGCCGGAGCCAGCCGGAGCCAGUCGGGGCCAGCCGGAGCCAGCUGGAGCCAGCGGAGCCAGCCCGGAGCCAGCCGGAGCCAGUCGGGGCCAGCUGGAGCCAGCCGGAGCCAGUCGGGGCCAGCCGGAGCCAGCCGGAGCCAGCCGGAGCAAGCCGGAGCUAGCCGGAGCCAGCCCGGAGCCAGUCGGGGCCAGUCGGGGCCAGCUGGAGCCAGCUGGAGCCAGCCGGAGCCAGUCGGAGCCAGCCGGGGCCAGUCGGGGCCAGCCGAGCCAGCUGGAGCCAGCCGGAGCCAGCCGGAGCCAGCCGGAGCCAGCCGGGGCCAGCCGGAGCCGGAGCCAGGGGCCAGCCGGAGCCAGCCGGGGCCAGCCGGAGCCAGCCGGAGCCAGCCGGAGCCAGUUGGAGCCAGCCGGGGCCAGCCGGGGCCAGCCGGAGCUAGCCAGGGCCAGCCGGAGCCAGCCGGAGCCAGCCGGGCCGUGGCCAGCCGGAGCCAGCCGGAGCCAGUCGGGGGCAGCCAGAGCCAGCCGGAGCCAGUCGGAGCCAGUCGGAGCUAGCCGGACCCAGCCAGCCAGGGGCCAGUCGGGGCCAGUCGGGGCCAGCCGGAGCCAGCUGGGGCCAGCCGGGGGCCAGUCGGAUCCAGCCGGAGGGCCAGUCGGGGCCAGCCGGGGCCAGCCAGGGCCAGCCGGAGCCAGCGGGGGGCAGCCGGAGCCAGUCGGGGCCAGUCGGGGCCGGAGCCAGCCGGAGCCAGCCGGAGCCAGUCGGGGGGCAGCCAGAGCCAGCCGGAGCCAGUCGGGGGGCAGCCGGAGCCAGUCGGGGCCAGUCGGGGCCAGUCGGACCCAUUCGGGGCCAGUCGGGGCCAGCCGGAGCCAGUCGGGGCCAGUCGGGGCCAGUCGGGGCCAGCCGGAGCCAGUCGGGGCCAGUCGGGGCCAGUCGGGGCCAGCCGGAGCCAGGGAGCCAGUCGGGGGCAGCCGGAGCCAGUCGGGGCCAGUCGGGGCCAGUCGGGACCAGUCGGGGGCCAGCCGGAGACAGUCGGGUCAGCCGGAGCCAGCCGGAUCCAGUCGGGGGGCAGCCGGAGCCAGUCGGGGCCAGUCGGGGCCAGCCGGACCCAUUUGGGGCCAGUCGGGGCCAGCCGGAGCCAGUCGGGGCCAGUCGGGGCCAGUCGGGGCCAGCCGGAGCCAGCCGGGGCCAGUCGGUCGGGCCAGCCGGAGCCAGUCGGGGCCAGUCGGGGCCAGCCGGAGCCAGUCGGGGCCAGUCGGGGCCAGCCGGGGCCAGUCGGGGCCAGUCGGGGCCAGCCGGAGCCCGCCCGUGAUCUCCCGGCCGUCACCGAGGACUGGUUCCCGGACGCUUCAGACCCCGAGUAGAGUGCGUGGUCGUGCCGGCGGCUUUGCGCAGGAAGCGGUACAACCAGAGCUCAGCCUCUCCUCGGGGAGCCCGGCCACUGAUCGGGGCGCUGCUACAUGGGGCGCCUGGCUGCUACCUGGAGCGCCUGGCUGCUGCUGCUCGGGGAGCCGCUACUCGGGGCACUUGGCGGGACGGAUGAUUACGGGGGAAAAAAUCCACCUGCGGGCGGAUGAUUUCAGGCUACGGGCCGCAUUCAGCCUGGGGUCGUAG